UCUUCAAGACACGAUUCUUAAACAAACCGACGGAAGCAAACCACACAAACCUGCAGCCCGCCCACGCACCGCACAUGCACGCUGCAUGCACCACCUCCUGGCCUUUGCCGCACCACCGUCCUCUCGCGCACCCUCGCUCCCCCACCGCUGUUGCUCGGUGAGAGAGGGAGAGAGCCGGCCAAUCCCACACAAACAUCACCUGCCCUCAUGACCCAGCACAGCACAGCACCUCCACCUCCCUCCUCCGCUUCCCACCCCUCCACGCCCGACUCGUCAUCCUUCGCUUCACCCCCGCCAUGGGUGGCCCGAACGACGAGUUCCCGCUGCUGGGGGCUAUGGGGCUACACAUAGUUCCCACACGAGGAGACGGCAAUUGUCUCUUCAACGCCCUCAGCGACCAAAUCGCCGGCAAUCAAGACCAACACACCGCCAUCCGCGCCCGCGUGAUCGCCUACAUGCGAGAACACGCCGACUACUACAAGCAAUUCAUCGACGUCCACCCGGGCGGCGGCAUCCGACGCAAUCCCAAGCGGAAGAAUGCCGGCGCCUACUCCUCCCCCGCCCACUACCUUCCCCCGUCCGAAGCGGACAUUGAUCGCGUGUUCGAGAGCCAUUUGCAGAGCAUGUCACGAGGAGGCACGUACGGCGAUAACAUGGAGAUUACGGCGUUUGCCAGUGCGUACAACACCGACGUGAAGAUCUACCAGCGGGAUUUCGCGUACAUGGUGACGGCGGGGGCCGACGAGGGUGCGAGGCCGGUGGCACACAUUGCAUAUCACCUCUGGGAGCACUACUCUUCCAUCCGCAAUCUGGAUGGGCCACACACUGGUUUGCCCGAAGUUCGAUCGAAAGUUCUGUCCGUGGAAGAGGAAGAAAGACAGAGACAGUUGCUUGCACAAACGCCGUAUGUGCAGCCGUGGAUGAUUGACGUCGUUGGCAAGUCACUACCCUUCCUCGCCGAUAAACCCACCAUCAAACGCGCAAUCGAAGCUGCAAAAGGCGAUAUAGAUACGGCAGUGUCGGCGUUGUUGGAUGCAGAGGAGUAUGGCAGUGCAUCAUCACAGCAAGAGAGCUCGAGCGUGGAACGAGACCAUGACAGCGACGAGGAAAACUCCCAGCACGGUCCGAACAAGAAGCGAGAUCGACGCAUGAGCAAAGCCACGCGAGGACUCCAUCAAAACUCCAGCGGUAUACCGUCCUCUCUCUCCCAACCGCCGCUGUCCGACGGCAGUCAGGAUUCAUACGAUUCGGAAGCCUCCUCCAGUGGCAUUGAGGUGCUCCUUCCGACCCCGACGCAACUCCACCAACAUCACAACGCCAUCACGACCUUAUCGCCUCACAUCAAGGAACAAUCCUCACCCUCCGGCUCCCAAUCCCCCUCCACAAAACCCUCUAUCAAAUUAAAACUCCACCCACCCAAACCGCCCGAGCGCAUAGGCAAAACGCAGCAACAACAGCAGCAUGGGCCCCGACUCACCGCCCGCGAACGAAAAGAAGUCAAAAAGCAGCAGCAAAAAGCUGCCCGCAAAGAGCGAAGCCAACUCGCCGCUCGAAGCGUGAAUGCUUCUUCACGUGCACGGUCCCGGAGUCCGUCGGUGGUGGGCUUGGCGUUGAGGCAGAAGGGCUUGACGGAGACACCGCCUGUGGAGACGCUGCGGACGCUUUAUAUAUGAGCAUUCGCAUCUACUCCAAAUUCUGCGGGAGAACGAACCCGACAACCUCCUCUUACUCACCGGCGGGGAGCGAGAGUGCAGUACACGAAGCAUAGCGACCGGCGCACCAACACCGACCUCUCCUUUUCUUCUAUUCUUGACGACGAAGCAUAGCGAUGGCGCAGACACGACGAAAGACGGGACAGGAUAGGAUGGUGGAUUGAGGUGGACUGGAUUGAUGAUCCUUACUGUCCCCGAUGAUGAUGAUGCUGCUGCUGGUGGAAGCGGCGGCGUAUACUUGGUUUCUGACCUGCUCUGAAGCGCUCAGGCGGGUUGGAAUCUUGAUUGGCGGAGGGCGGGUGGGUUUUAUAUCGUGCGGGGUUGACGAAGGGGACGUGAGCAGAUAGCGGACGUGAAGCAAAGUGAGCAAA